AGGACAGGGGUCACUGCUGGCAGGGCAGAGGACAGGGGUCACUGCUGGCAGGGCAGAGGACAGGGGUCACUGCUGGCAGGGCAGAGGACAGGGGUCACUGCUGGCAGGGCAGAGGACAGGGGUCACUGCUGGCAGGGCAGAGGACGGGGGUCACUGCUGGCAGGGCAGAGGACGGGGGUCACUGCUGGCAGGACAGAGGACAGGGGUCACUGCUGGCAGGGCAGAGGACAGGGGUCACUGCUGGCAGGGCAGAGGACAGGGGUCACUGCUGGCAGGGCAGAGGACAGGGGUCACUGCUGGCAGGGCAGAGGACGGGGGUCACUGCUGGCAGGGCAGAGGACGGGGGUCACUGCUGGCAGGUCAGAGGGACGGGGGUCACUGCUGGCAGGGCAGAGGACGGGGGUCACUGCUGGCAGGACAGAAGACGGGGGUCACUGCUGGCAGGGCAGAGGACAGGGGUCACUGCUGGCAGGGCAGAGGACAGGGGUCACUGCUGGCAGGGCAGAGGACAGGGGUCACUGCUGGCAGGGCAGAGGACAGGGGUCACUGCUGGCAGGGCAGAGGACAGGGGUCACUGCUGGCAGGGCAGAGGACAGGGGUCACUGCUGGCAGGGCAGAGGACAGGGGUCACUGCUGGCAGGGCAGAGGACGGGGGUCACUGCUGGCAGGGCAGAGGACAGGGGUCACUGCUGGCAGGACAGAGGAUGGGGAUCACUGCUGACGGGGCAGAAGACGGGGGUCACUGCUGACGGGGCAGAAGACGGGGGUCACUGCUGACAGGGCAGAGGAUGAGAGAUCAGUAGGACAGGGCAGAGGACA